UAUGCAGUACGCUAGCGUCUUUGCAUUCCAUCUUCAUCGGAAUCCGGCUGCCGUGGCCGAGAUCGAAUGCAGUACAUCGACCUUGACUGCGCCACGCCCUAGCCACUAUAGGCCACCACGAUGCGUGAGGCGCCCUCAGUUCAUGGCUCCUGCGGCUCUUGCUGUCUCCCGGUCCCGCCGCGCCAUUUGCAAAAUGAAGAAGACCCCUCAUUUUGAACCCGGCAACAGCGGAGGCACAGGCAGCAGCAGCAGCGAGGUGUACCUGAGCAGCGUGGAGCGCGAGAGUGACUCACCCGCGACGAGCUACUCGCCCGCGACGUCGGCCGAGACGCCAGGAGGAGACGACCCGGUGGUGCCCACCCCGCGGCUCGCCUUCCUCGACAAGAUGCUCGAGCAGUACGACAAGCGCGCGUGGCCCACCUACGGAAUGGGGCAUCCAACGUACGUCAAAGUGAACAUAUACGUGAACAGCAUAGGCCCUGUCAACGCAAACAAUAUGGAGUACGGCAUGGACAUCUACCUGCGCCAGUCAUGGCAGGACCUUCGGCUCAACGUGACCAAGUACGGCGUGACCACGCCGGUGACCAUCAACGGCGAGGACAUCAUGAGCAAGAUCUGGAAGCCCGACCUGUUCUUCCGCAACGUCAAGGAAGCCAGCUUCCACUACGUGACCGUGCCCAACAAGCUGGUCAAGCUGGGUCCCGACGGAGAGGUGCUGUUCAGCAUGCGACUCACGCUGCGCCUCGCCUGCUUCAUGUCCUUCAAACACUUUCCCCUGGACACGCAGAAGUGCCACAUUCUGCUUGGACCCUACGCCCAAACCAUAGAACAAACAGCCAUUUCGUGGCAAGACACGGACCCCAUUGUGCUUGAACGCCCCAUCGAAAUUCCCGAGUUCGACCUGGUCCACAACUCUUACGGACAUUACAACCGGGCGAUCGACACAGGCGUGUUCAGUUUCCUGAACGCGACGUUCAUCCUGGAGCGGCAGAACGGCUACCACCUGAUACAGACGUAUCUGCCCACUUUCCUGAUCGUCAUGAUCUCCUGGGUCUCCUUCUGGCUCAACGUGGACGCCACGCCCGCGCGAGUCACCCUCGGAGUCACCACGCUGCUCACCAUGACCACCGUCGCGUCCGGUGUGCGCACCCAGCUCCCGCCCGUGUCAUACAUCAAGGCCAUCGACGUGUGGAUAGGCGCCUGCUCCGUCAUGGUCUUCGGAGCCCUGCUAGAGUUCACGCUAGUCAAUUACCUCUCCCGAAGCAAACUACGACCCGAGGAGUUUCGCAAGUCCAUCAACAUCUUCAACCUUUGCAAGAACCGAACCUGGGACGUCGAAACAAGUGACGAAGAGCAAUCAAGAUUCACAAAGCGUAACCGAAAAAGCGGUGAAAAGCAAGACGGCGAGGAAGGCCCCAACAAGUACGAGACACGUGGGCACAUGGAACUUCAGAAGAACCUCAAGAGGUCCCAGAACGUCGACAAAGUGUGUCGCAUCAUGUUUCCCUUCGUGUUCUUCGUCUUCAACCUCGUCUACUGGUUCUACUACCUCUACCAGAGCGAGUUCACUUGAAACGGAAGUUUGACUUUUUACCGGAGUUACCGGACUUUUUGAAGAAGGUCAACGCGGUCCGCGGGAACGCAUGGUCUGUGCCGACUGCAAAAAAAAAAGGAACAAGGGACACUUCGGUGUUUUUGCACUACGGAAACUUUUUACGCUAGCCUUGUGCUAUAUGUCGAUCACUGAGGUUAACGACUCCUGCUCCUAUGAUAUGUGCGGGCGGAAUUCGGAGACACAUUUGAAUAUUUGAGCUCAUAAACAGAAGUUUCAGCUGUUUAUGUGAGUUGCGGUGCAAUGUGUGCGUGCUAACCAACGUCGGUAGCUUUGCCGUGUUCCCAUCUCUACUAAUUCGUUAGGUAUAACUGCGAUUGCACACCCACUGCUUGAGAGACACAACGCGAGAUGAAGACACAAAACAGGACGUCUGUGUACUUCCGUUUGGAGCAAACGUGCCUACUGCUUGUGUUUUCUUCGCACCGCAGUGUGUCUCAAGCAGCGCAUACGAAGCAUUGAUUGCGUCGACAGCAUGUCUUUUGAUUUCUAAAGCAGCUGCUGGCUAGUAAAGAUUCCAUUUAAUUUAUUGGAGUAGCCCUUGUGGGCGUCGUUCGUGUUUACCGAUGUAACAUCGUUCAGAGGUGUUGAAACUUUCGUUAGUUAAGCCUUUUAAUGGUGGGGAUGAACUCGCAACAGCUGAAGACUUUGACUUUGGGCUUUUCUUCUGUUGCUGUUAAGCAUAUUGGCUCGCCAGCGUGUGAUCGUUAAAUGCACCAAGAUUGGAGUUUUUUGCGUACUGUGUUCUGACGAAUGUUUUUUAAAAAUUAUUAUUGACUGUUAUGUUUUACUGUCAGAGAAGCAGAGCUGGCGAUUACACUUUGCCCUCCUUUUGCUUCUUUGUCCUGUUCGCCGAAACAAAGACUCUGCACACUGUAUUGCAUUUAUUCAGCAGUUUUGCACUUCGCAGUUGUAUCAUAAACCCAGGCGCUGGACAGAAAUAAUGUCAACCGCGAUAUUUCUAAACAAUCACAUUGAGCCGCCAAGGCAGUGCUUAUGUUAGUAUGUUUUUUUUUUUUUAAGUUGCUUAGUUUGUCAUUUGGAUAUGUGCGUAAGAGAGAAACAACUCUAAACAAUGGUGCUGUGCUGCUUGACUAACUUUACGGAAGCGUUUUCAGCAAGGCCAUGCUUGCGCAUUUAAAGCGCCGAAAGUUAGAUGCGCGCGAGUACGAGCUGCGCCCUUUAAAGGGGUCCUCAAACACUUUAUUCCCGUUUGUUCAAUUUCAGUCCUUCGUAAAUUCUAAUUGACUUUGUGGUGGAAGGCUGCUUUCUUUAUUGUAUCGAAAGUUAAAAACCUUAAGGGCAUAGUACAGCGCGUUCUGGACCACGACAACGAAAGAGGACAAAUUUAAACAAGACGUACUUGCGGAAUAAUUUUUGCAUAAGACUGGAUCACAGCACGCAUGCGAAGUGCUAAUACUUAUGGCGACUCGUUGGCCCUUCAGUCACAAAACACAGUGCUACAGAAAUCCAGUGUUUUUUUUACACUAAUUGGUCACGAUACCACAGCUGUAACAUAGUGCGUAAGUUUAUGCACAAAUUCGGAAUAGGCCCAGUCAAGAAAGAUUCGAGGGAAUAGAUGACACAGAGUACAACGCAUUUAUCUUCAACUGUUCGGAUGUGGUCUCUAUGAGAUUGCAAACUCGUAACCGUAGCACCUGCGUUUCACGCCAUAGUUACCCUCACGCCACUCGUUACGAAUAUAGUUUUGUUACGUGCGCGGUCAUGGUCCAAAAUUUCAUCUGGAGCCAAGCUCAGAACCUAUCCUAUUUUUUUUUUUCUUUAAGUGCAAAGAAUGCACCGUCAAGACUCUGCGUGCAGUUACCGUCAAGUGCUGCAUCGGUAUGUGCCUGCAUCACUAGAGAUAUAUGUGACGGAGAGGUGAGCUCGGAGGCAAACAAGUGUCAACAAUAAGUGGCUGAGGACCUCUGUAGGUUGCGAACAUGCUCGAAGUUGCGUACAACUCCUUGUUAUAGGCAAUGGCGAAGGCGGACGACCAAACCACGAGGCACCUGGUGGGACCAAACUUGCCUCUAUGCCUGGCACUGAGAGCCACGAUGAAACCUUUACGAGCGCGAUCUGCAUUUGCUGCAUCCUUCCCACGCAUUGUUGUUUCCCCAGUUAAGCGGUAUGUCGUGUUCUCUAGUCAAAUGAGCGUGUCCAAUGGAGUGCUACGCAUUCUUUUUCAUGUCUAUUGCUGGUUUUCCGUAGACAGCUGUGUGAGUUCCUCGUGAAACCAAGCAGGGUAUGUGGCUGUACUGUCGAUGCCUUCAAGUAGGCAACCGGCAGGUCGAUCGCGCUACUAUCCGCGCCUGGUGAACGAUAGUUGUUUUGUGCCCCAAGUCAUCGCCUAUCCUGUGUAUAUUCAUCAAAUGCUUAAACAUAGUCAGGAAGGACGUGCGUAGUAUUGAAAGCGCCGAUUUCUUCAUCAUAUGCAUCUCAUCUCUGCAGCGAGAAUCUUGUGCGUUAGCACGAGCGUAGCAUCAUGACUAUAAGUGUUUUUUUACGUCUCACCAGGCAACAGAUGCCGCGAACCAAACAAGAGAUUGCUUUUAUCGUCUAACCAGAGCUGUAAAUUAGAAAUAGGCAUGAUUAACGGGAAUGCCAGAUAGUUUGUUGACUGGCCCCUGUUUGCGCUCCUAACAUAGCCAAGUUAUACUGUUCGCAAUUGAUGCUAGAGGUAUUCCUCGAUUUUUGAGAGAGAAGUUCAACGUCAGAUCCAAACUUACGCUAAGCCAAUGGUCAUACAGGCGUAGGAAAGUAAUCGUGUUAAGCCCUUUAAGAAACCAAGAGCUUACUAGGAACACAACGCCGGCAAAACAGCAUUAUGUGUGGCAGAGGGUGCCGUUAUGAUACAUUAAUAUGUGGUUAUUGUCGAGUUACACAUGCACUCACGAGUGGUGCCGUGGAUUUGAAUUUCGUUGUGCUAAGCCUCGCCAUGAGAUAUCAACAGCUCUGAAGCUCAGUAGUACCUAAAUGCGAACGCUCUAGAGACCUUGUCUUCAGACUGCGCUUAAUUCGUAUGUAGAGUCAAAUGCUAUUGCGCUAUUGCAGUCAUAACGAGCAAGCUUCCUAUAAUUAAGAUAGCUUAUUUCAACCGCACCAAGAGCACCUACUUUCGAUUGCUCCUGUGAAAGUAAAAGCUUAUACUUUGUUCGAAGAAACGCUCAGCCAGUGCUGACCAUAAAGCUUUACGAAGUAAUUCCCCGCAAGUAGCCCUCAAGCUCACAGCACAGCCGAAAUCAUUUUACAUUUUGAACUGUAAGUUUGCACGUCAGUACUUCUUAUCUCGCCCUCAUGUGCACACAGCCGGCCUCUCGUAGUCGGGAGACCCGCUCGUAGACAUGGUGGCACGGCGAUGUCUCGACGGUAUUCCCAUGUACUAGGCUUAAGCUCGAAGGUGAUUAAGGUUGUGGGGUGUAACUGAUGCGAUCUCUUCACUGUCUGCAGUCGCAGUUGUAUCAUGGGAAUUCUUUAUAUUGACGUUCUACAUAUAGUGUGUAUAUGAAUAGUUCGCCUUUUCGAACUGCAAACACUGAAUAAUUUUACUGGGUGUGAAUCAUGAAAAUAGUUGGAAUAAUCGAUCACCACGAAUAUGAAACACGUCUGCUAGUUAAACUUACAAGGAGCGAUUAGAAUUGAUAAUGGGAAACUCGACGCCCACAUUUCAGCUGUGUUUUCUUUUCUUCUUUAUUUUUUUUUUUGAACGCUUGAGUCUGAGACAUGACACACGCGUCGUUUAAUACAGACCCGUCUACAGACUUCCACGUUAAGCUGGGCUAUAGUAAGUGCUACAAUACAACCGCUAAAUUUCAUACAGGCACCCCCACUUAAUGCAAACGUCAUUUCUAUAACUUUAAAGACGCUAGCAUAUUUUUCUACCGUCAUUCUGAAAUUUUCUGGAAGGUCGAAUAGGUGCCUCGUAGCCUAAGUAUUCAUCAAUGAUCUUCAUGGCUAUCAGGUUCGCUUGGAUCAGAAUUCGACAGUGAUUAUGCGUUCCUAUUUUAAGUGAGAGGCGUAGCAUUUACCCGGAUAGGCGCCGGUGAAGCUUUCUAUUGAACUUCUGCGCGUACUUGCGCUUUCGUCCGACAGUAAGGCUCAGAUGUUGGGAAAGGUUAGGAAAUCACUGAAUUCACGGAAUUGUAUCAUAAACGUAUUUAGUUUCGUUGGCGGCACUUUUCCUUGUACGUAGUCAGGACACGCUGCUUUUUUACGUAUGUACUACCUGCAUGAGCAAGCGCGGACCAUUUCAGGAGCCUGCGCAUUCUGCCGGUAGUCUCGAACAUUCUGCAAACAAGACACCGCACCUCAGCGGUAAAUGACCAUCCAAAAUUUGACGGGCAGACUCUUCAGGUGACCAAAUAUCUAACACGAUCGCAUGCCAUUGCCAGCAGAUGGCGGUUCAGUACCGAGCGGCGGCAGUUCACAAUUUCUCACUGCGCAUGUCUAACAGUCGCGUUCUGUCUAUGUAGCACGCAUGUUAAGUCCCCACGUGUAACUUUUAAAAUAUUCUGGGACCUGAGCAAGAAAUGAUUUAUUCGAGCGAUAAGUUGGCCACUGAAGAAUUUGAGAGUAUUUUGAUUGAGUUCACGAUGGUGCAUUCUUCUUAAUGUCAUCGUUUACCGGUGUUUACAGUGUUCUAUAGGAGUCACUAUUGGUGUAGAUGGCGAAGACGGAACUUUUAGCACUUUUAACUGUACGAAAGUAUUUAUUUCUAAAACCUAAGCAAGAUUGCUUCGGUAUGAAUCUUGAAAGUAAUGCUCAGAAGUUUGCUUUGGCCGUAACGUAAAUAAUAAAAUUUAAGAAAUGCCGCAGCAUUGCUAGAGACAAUAGAUUAGACAGUCGAAAAGCUCAGGAGUAUUGCUUCAUGGGCAGUUUCACCCGUGGAUAUGGGUAAGGCGUAAAAGCAUCUCACAGUGUUCAAGAGCUUAAGUCACGCGAUUAUAUAUUUGGGGUCCCUGUUUACACAAGGAUGUAUCGCUUAAACUUCGUACCUAUAGGGUGUCACUUGAUAUGGGCUGUACAAAUUUUUAAAUAUUACGUAGUGUAAGAUAAUAUAUGCAUCAAAAAACUCAUCAGCAGUUUGCAAAAAAAAAAGAAGACCCAACAGCAAGGCAGCUCCUGCCAUUGCACGCCAACGCUCAUGUGUACUACUUGUUUCUUCAGGCGGUGAAAAUGCAAACAAUCCAGGAGUGUUUUCUGUAGUAGAACCGAGGAGGCUUAUGUAAAUUAUGCUUGUUUUUAAACUGCUCUAUAUAACCUUCUUCAUGUGAUAAAGACGCUUUCUGAUAGCGGGAUAAUGUGGCCGGACGGUCAGCGUAACGUAUAAAUCAAAAUGGACGGGGUUUCUGGAGCACUCGCAAGACAUUUUUUUUUUAUCGACAGCUGUCCGGGCAAGGUUAGCUCAAGUAUGACACUGAGAGACAGGCGAGACAGAGAUGCAAGUAAUCGGAAUCAGGGCUUGGUAGCAGAUAUGAUAACCACGAUAACUAGGUCUCCAAUUGCGUUGCGUCGGUUGGAUCACUCACACGUUCAAGCGUGCUGCAAAUCGUUCGCAUCGUGUUCAUAUUCACACUUCCACCAGUCACCGUUUCUGUGCCCCCGUUAAUGUGCCAUUGCUCACAAUAAGUGUCGUUUUCGAUAUUUCAGUGUUGACGAUUUUAAUAAAAAUUAUUGUUUUCCCA